AUGGGAGCGCCCGCGAAGGCUGCCGGGAAGCGUGGUAUCUCGCGCAUCUCGUCAUUUGGAGCAAUUGCGCGUGCGCUGCCUCCGUCCGCUGAGAUCGGGAAUAUGGCCGCGCGGUCCGUAUGGGCGGUCCGGCGGCUGGUGCAACGCCUUCUGGCCUCGAGUGCCGCGUCCGAAGGCAGGGGAUGGCCGCGUCCUUUCAGCACUGCCACCCAGAGAACUGCUGGUGAGGCCUGCAGUUCUGAGGACCCUCCCGAUGAGCUUGGGCCCUCUCUUGCAGAACGAGCCUUAAAGCUUAAAGCUGUGAAACUGGAGAAGGAAGUCCAGGACUUAACAAUGAGAUACCAGAGAGCGGUAGCCGAUGGUGAAAACAUAAGGCGGCGAACCCAGAGAUGUGUAGAAGAUGCCAAGAUAUUUGGAAUUCAGAGUUUCUGUAAGGACUUGGUAGAAGUGGCAGACAUUUUGGAGAAGACUACAGAGUACAUUUCUGAAGAAACAGAGUCUGGGGACCAGAAGCUCACUUUGGAGAAGAUCUUCCGAGGGUUAUCACUUUUAGAAGCAAAGCUGAAAAGUGUAUUUGCCAAACAUGGCCUAGAGAAGAUGACACCCAUUGGUGACAAAUAUGACCCUCAUGAGCAUGAACUCAUCUGUCAUGUGCCAGCAGGUGUUGGGGUACAGCCUGGCACCGUGGCAUUAGUAAGGCAAGAUGGCUACAAGCUUCACGGCCGAACCAUUAGACUUGCCAGGGUGGAAGUGGCAGUGGAGUCUCAGAGAAGACUAUGAAUGGGCCAUGAAGAACUGAAUGUUCUCCCAGAGUACAGCCACCUGUGUUUCCUUUAUUUAUUAAACUAGGUUCGUAUUGUACAUGAGGUACUUCAUGUAAUCUGUUUUGGAUUUAGUCAUAUUGGCUUUAUUUCUAAGAUACUCUGCUGAUGAAUGUGACCUAUUUGGUCUCAUCAGAAGUCUUGCCAUUGGGCAUUUGAACAAUGUGACAAGUGAUCCUAUGGCCUUUGUCCAAAUAUGUUUAAGAAAAUUAUUUUAAAAUUGGUACUCUGAUGACUGUCAAUUGAAAAUCUUUUUAAAAGUGGAAAUGAGUAUAUGUUUAUGUAUUUUCAACUGAAUGUUUCUUUCUAAUGGUCCCUACAACAGGAAUCUUGUAUUUCAUGGGGAAAGGAGAUGGUAGGGAUUGGUUCAACAUCUGGGUACUUAGAUGAUAAAGCUUUAGGUUACAUGAAUUUAGAUCAUUUGGGUUGGUUUUUAUACACCUAGAUUUUUAGGACUUCCCCUUUUUACUAUUUUCCUUUUAGCCAUCUUUUGUCCUUGUAGCCCCCGCCAGGUAUAUUCACACUCAUUGACCCAUUUACAAGGGCUAAUUAAGGCCCAGGCAAGACUUGGAAGGCAGGGAGUAUCAAGAAAUUCAAGAUACCAGGUUCCUUUCAAGCAAAUAUGACCAAGAAACCUUGUGCUUUCCUGGGUUACCUUACAAUUAUUUUCAGCCUCCCUAGGUAUAUAAUCAUUUCAGGGAAACCAAGGCAGCACCAAUAGCUAGUGACCCAAAUCAGUCUGUGUAGGUAAUUUACCUACAGCUUUUCUCUCCACUAGCCCCUAAAUCUUCCACUUUGUCAAAUUUGCCAUCAUCCUUUAUUAGAUUAUGCAGGGGUUCAGGGCAAAAAUGUUAGGUUCCUACGAUUUCUCAUUUCAUUUAGUUAAUGCUGAUUUUUUUUUUUUAAUUUGGUACUCACAAAUCACUACCUCUCAUGCUGAUAAGCUUUAUUUUCCAGUUUUUGUAUCUGCCUUAUAUUACAUAUAUUAACAUCUAGCUGUUUAUUUGUUUAUAUGUUUAUUUUUUAUUUUUUUCAGUCUUGCUUAUGGCUGGUGUUCUGUAAAGAUUUGUUCAAUAAAGGAGCAAGUGAAUGACCUAUCAAUCGAACUUUAGAAAGGAGGUCAGUUACGGAGAUUUUAAUGUUAGAAGAGGCCUUAGUGAUGAGCUCAUCUCCCCCCUUUCAGCUUCUUAAGCAUGAAGACGUUUUUUUAGGACCGGACUCAAAAUGUCUGAAACUAGUAAACUACAUUUCAGUGAGAACUUGAAUAAGGAACAACUAGAUAUUAUCUUUAAUCAUUUAAGAUCCAGCAGUUCUGUAAUGAACAUGCAAAUGUGUCCCCAGCGGACAAAGAUUAUUAGACAUCCAGCUUGCAUAGGUAGGUUCAGGCUUUUUAAAUUAGUUAUCCAUAAAGUAGAUCCGUUUCUACUGGAAUUUUAUGACCCCAUUCUGUGGAGUGUUACAAGUUACCCUCUUAGACAUCAUAGAUAGUUCCAGCACACUCCACAUAUGUAUCAAUAAAACCAUCCCCCAGUGGGCCCUGCCAUCUCCACCAGAAUUAGAUACUCAAAAAAAAAAAAAAAAAGUGCUAUUAAGAAGCAAACGAAACACUGGUGGUAAGAUUUUAAAACCAAAACCUCUUUGGACUUUCCAGUAAGUGCAUACUGUAAAUUUAAUGUGCAGUCAGAUUUCACAAUAGGAAUUUGUCUUUUUUUUGCCUUCAUUCCUUUGAGAUUGACAGAUGGUGACAACAAGAAAAGGAGCCAAUUACCUAUGUGUUACUUGAAUUACUAGCUGUCGUCAUCAGUGAAUUAGAACAACCAUAGUUUUAGGUAUGAAAUGUUCGAGUACUUGAAGAGUCUUCUAAUAUUCCUUGCAACCUCCUGUUUUAGAAAGUAGAUUAAGAAUAAUUUUAUGUUUUUAUUAUUCAGUAGUUAUGCAGACUUAAAAGUGUAAAUUUAGAAGAUGGAGCUAUAAUGAUAAGAAUCUCAAAAGUUAGGCUUUUGAGAGCCAGAGCAGCAUAACAGAGAAUAGGCUGUGGAGGCAUAGACUUGAACAUAAAUCCCAGCCCAGUCACCUGUGUGAUCUGGGGCCCCAGUCAUUUCACCCUUCUGAGCCUACUUCCUUGUUUGUACAAUGAUUAUAAUUCCCUCACAAUAUUGUGAGGAUUAAAUGAAAUGUGUAAAUUGUCUACUACAGUAGGCCCUCAAAUAUUUAUUUUUAUUACUUUCUAUUAUACAUGUUAUUUUGCCUAUGUUUUUAAUAGCUGUCUAAAGUCUAGGCAUAGGGGAAAACUGUUUAAGUGGUGCUUCUAUUAAAAAAAAAAAAAAAAGAAAAAUUGUAAUUUAAUCUAUCAGUGACUUAUUUUCCUUCCAGCUUCUGGUUUUUUUCUGUGUGUGUGUGUUGUUGUUGUUUCAACUGUAAUGCAAGAAAUCCACACUUUCAGACUGGAGGAGCAAGAAAAUUGUGUCUGCUCUUCAUUACUUUAAUCUUGUUGGUAAAGUGAAAUGUUGUAGGCCUGCAGAUAUGUAAGGAAGCUUUGGCUCACUUGAUGAGGGGAUCCUGGUGUUUUAAUACAUGGAUUCUACAAACCUUUCACAGAUUUUCUUCACUGUCAUAAGGGAAUUAGUUUGAUACUGAUAAGUUAAUUGGUGCUCUUUCAUGGCAAAGGAUCUGAUAAGUGAAGAAAGGUUCUUGUACACUAAAGCAAAUCAAAUAGGGAAGACUAAGGAUGAAAUAGAAUAUUCAGAAGCAACUUCAAUAAAACCUGAAUUGACAUAACUA